AUGCCAGUUAUCGAUUCGAUGACACUCCAACUUCCAUGUCAGGUGUACCACUCGCGUUUUAGCCCUGACAGCGCGAACCGGCUGGUGGGACUGGGUUGCAGGGACGGUGGGGUGCAUGUGUAUCCUUUUGAGGACUAUUCCCGAACGGUACUUUUGAGUGCAGGUUGCUCACCUUCAACAUCUAUUGCCUUCGAUCCUCAGCAAAGGCGCCUGGUAGGUGGGACCGAUGAGGGCAGCUUGCACUUGUGGGAUAUGACUACUGAAGGGGUUGUGCGCACGUUCGGUGACGGUCACAAGUCGACGGUAACGGGAGUGGAUUUUCACCCACACACGGAUGUCAUCGCCACCUGCUCGCGAGAUUCCGUUCUUCGCGUUUGGGACACACGAAAAAAGAGUUGUGUUCGGUCGCAUAUGGAGGCAAAAGCGCCUCUCUGUGCCACUGAGUUCUCCCCAAGUGGUCGCUGGUGCGUUAGUGGUUGUGCUGACGGUGUGGUUCGCCUGUACGAUCUGCAGUCAGGAAAGGAGAUGCACGAGUUCCGUGCGCAUUCUGGACCCGUUACAUCAAUUUGUUUUCACCCAAAGAGAUACUAUUUAGCCGUGGGAAGCAGUGAUGGUUCAGUCUCUUUCUGGGAGUUAGAAGGUUUCACUAAAAUAUUCCAAAGCAAGUGCCUUGACACGCCUGUUGAUGCGGUGUAUCUGUCAGGAAAGAGGAUGCUUGUCGCGGCGUCUCACAUUCUUCGAGUGUAUGACUUCGACAUGAUGAGUGAUAGCUUCGCCCCAAUAAUUGAAUCGCAGUGGAACAUAAUCGGUGACCUGAACUAUUCUUCGAAUACGGAUGAGGCACUGUUUGUGGAGUUUAGUGGGCAAACAGCGGUCAUGGGCCGUGUACCUCUCGCUGACGGCGGACUCACCAUCCCCCCAAUAGAGAAGACGGUAAAAUCGCAACAGAGGGAUCCUCCUUCCUUUAAUAGGGGGGAAGAGAAUGCUAAAAUGUCUGUACCUGUUCUUCGCGCCGCACAUCAACGGCUGCACCGCUCGCCUUCACAAGUGGCCGCGGCAUCCCACACCGGUGAGUCGGGCGAACUACAAAUGGAUGAUUUAUUGACUUCAAGCGUUACGACAGUGUCUGUGCUGCGGCAGCGACUUACACAUCUGCGGGUCCUUCGUGCGCUUUGGGUACAAGACAAUCAGCAGGCACUGGUGUAUCUUAAGGAGUUAUACACCACGAAUUCAGACUACGGAGUUACUGCGGACUUCCUCGGUGCCAUGCAACAUUUGCGGAUGAAAGAGCGCAUUACUUUAAGUAAUCUUUCUGAUUUGCUUGAUGUUGUAAUGUAUGCACUGGCCGGUGAACGAGAGAAUCAGUUGCUGGCGGCCCUCAAAGUACUCAAAAGUAUGAGCAGUAAAUUCCGCCCCAAGUUAGAUGAGGCACGUCGUCAAGCCCCAUCAUUUCGCAAUGGAGAAAAAAAUUCAACGAGCCUGACAAUGGAGCAGUAUUACGAACUCAGUGCCAAGUUUGACGCCGUUGCCUCGGUAGUACAAAAACUGGGGAAGAGGAAGGGCCCCGUCGGUGAAGAGGUGCGUGAAGUAUUAAAUGAAAUACCACUUUCUUCGUGA